AUUUUCUAAAAUAGGUAAACUUGAAUGCUUUAUUUCUUGCGAAAUGUUCCUCCGCGUACCUUUUUUCGUUCUCCAGACAAAAUUAUCAUAGUUUUGCACCUUUGCCAUUUUACCUUUUGUGACCUCACACGUUAAUUCCAUUGUUCCGGAAUGCUCGACUCGUAUAGACACCUUAUCUCAAACCGCCAAUUUGCAUAGACCCACUUGUAAGCGUUAAUUUACAUAUUGAUCAUCCACCUGUCAUUGUAAUCAUUCACAUUUAAUUGCGGUCUCGAAGACAUGUACUUUAUUCCGGCGGAUUAUAAAAGAAGACAGAUGCUUUACGUGUGAUUAUUCAAACAACGUACCAUUAUUGAGGAUACCGCCUCUAUUGUUUGUAAACACCCACUCUCAAGGGAGGUACCGGUCUUUCCACAUUUCCUACGCGGGUAUAAGCUUGUGAUUCACAAGCGUGUAGUUAGUUGUAGGGUCGGAUACGGUGAAGGCAGCUGCCAAAUAAUUUGUUUUUGUGUGAGAGAGAGAGAGAGCUCAGUCUGAGAAAGAUUUCGACGAACAGCAACGUCACCAGAGUUCUAUUUAUUUGACAAACUUUAUGGUGAAGUUAGACAGUUCAAGACCAGGGGACGAGAUGCCGACCGAUGUGAUGGCGCCGGGGACAGAGAACAGGGCAGAUCAAGCAGAGGAAGAGGUCGAGUACGAUAUCGACAGACUCAGAAAGAUCGAAGAACUAAGAAGAGUUCUACAGAGAGCGCUCGGUAGCACGAAGUAUCCGAUAUCUUCUGCUCGUCAAGAGAGAACGGCGCCAACAGCGGAACCCUGUAGGGAAUACAGACUAUCAGCUCCCGUGCACCAUCCCGCCUUCCCUGCACGGACAGGUGGGCCGGGAAGGGCGAAGUUUGACGGCCGUUCUCGGGCGAAGAUCACAGAGAGACCGAGGAAUGUCGCCGUCUGUACGGUGGAUGGCGGGGUGACGCUUUUCCAGAAAAUGGACAAAAUGUUGGACAAUGGCGAGAUGGAAACGGCCAUGUAGUGUGGAUACAAUAUCCAACAAAUGUAUUCAUAACAGAAACGUUCAUGGCAGCUUCAACUUUAGUUAACAGGAACAAUGGAUUUGUCUAAAAAACUGAUUUGUAAAUACUUGCAUACUUGUAUAUAAAUCUAGAAAUACAUAUAGGUAAACUUAGCAAAAAAAGUGCUACAAUCACUAAGCAACUGUCACACAACAUACAAGAAAAUCAACCCUCCUACGAGCCUGUUAGCUCUAAAUGGCGUUUAUACUGUAAGUACUCUUCCAAGCAUUGGUUCGGUUCGACUGUUUUUACGUGUUUUAUGCGUUUUGUCGGGCUUUGCUCUGCUUAGAAAGUACGUUUAUUCGCCCGAUGUCAUCUCAAUCAUUGUGCGUUUUUAAUGGAUCUACUGGCGUUCGCAGAUUUAGGGUAGAUUUUCAGGUGGAAAAUACAAGCGACUCUCGGACGAUUUUGAAAUUUACGAUCAACAAAUACUGUGACUGUGCGUGACAAGGACGGAAGUGGAAUGAAAUCAGUAAAAUCAAAUGCUACAUAUGUAUGAAUGAUGUUUGGGAUCAUGUCAUUCAGCUCAAGACAAGGAGGUUUUCCGUAUAACGUCAUUGUCUAAGACAAGCAUUGAAAAGGAACUAACUUCAGUAUCGACAGAAAGAAAGUUGUACAUAAACGCAUAACUGUAUUCUGACAGUUAUCUGUGGAAAAUAAAGACAUGUGUAUAUUGAUAUCUGA